UGUAACCAUAACGUGACAUCAGUACUUUGAAAUACUGUUUUGCAUGAAAACACGGAAGUGACUGGGUGCACAUGUAUACAAAAUCGAAACUAAACGGUCUUAGUUGUGGUUAAUUAGAAAGAGAAUGACUGGACAGUUGCUAGAUAAGUACAUGGAUCAGCUGGAGUCCUGGAUUGGAACGGGGCCCAAAAUCUUCAACCUUCUCUACAAGAUAACCAGAGACGGCUGUAGCGGUACAGCAUUCCAUCAGAAGUGCGACAGCCGGGGACCCACGGUGACUGUUCUCUACAACCAACACGACUCAUUGUAUGGGGGUUAUGCGAGUUCGAGCUGGACCAGCAACGGCCAUUUUAUACCAGACGUGAACGCUUUCAUGUUUCAACUGAGGUAUUCAGGCAGCGAUAAACCAAUCAAGUUUCCAAUAAAAAGUAGCUAUACUGGAUAUAGCUUGAUUGGAAAUUCUACGUACGGACCAAUAUUUGGUGGAAAUGAUCUGACAGCAUUCAGUGGUACAGUAAACAGCUCUGGUGGGUAUUUUGCUCUGAACGGCAGUAUGCAACCACAAUAUUUCGACUUCCAAGGACUUACUCCCGACAAAAUAAACAAUGGCAACAUGCAAGUGACCGAACUGGAGGUAUACGGCAUUACAGACGGGCAGCGGAUAAAGACUAUUCAACAAACACCACUACCACCACAAUUUUGGAGAAAAACUCUGGAGUGGAAUAAAAAGUAUCUUGACACGCUUACCGAGGGUAUUGUAUCGUUCAAACCACCCGGGGAGAUGGGACUGUCAGAUGUCCGCAUCCUGAUGCUGGGUCCAGUGGGGACGGGCAAGUCCAGCUUCUACAACACCAUCAACUCGGUGUUCAAGGGUCGUAUCUCUCAUAGUGCCUCGUGUGGAAUCGAUUCAAAUGGCAUCACGAUUGGGUACAAUCCGUAUGAAGUCAAUGUCCGUUCUGGAGCGAAGUUGAAUUUCCGUUGCUGUGACACACGCGGUUUAGAGAUCAAUCAAGGUCUUGACAUACUGGAGUGCGGAUAUUUGCUGAAUGGAAACAUCCCAGAUUAUUAUCAGUUUAACCCUGUCUUGCAAUUCGGCCCCGAUCAUUCUUCGUUCGUGUAUAAACCGAGGGUUACCGAAAAGAUUCACUGCGCUGUGUUUGUGAUCGACGCCGUAGCUGUAAGCGACAUACCACCGAAAUUGGUGGACAAGAUGAGCAACAUUCGGAGACUUGUGAAUCAAAAAGGAAUUCCGCUAGCGGUUCUCCUCACCAAAGUCGACCUGGCAUGUCAGGAUGUCGCCAGAUCAAUCUCAAACGUGUUCACCAGCAAGAAAAUUGAAGACGCUGUGAACAAAGCAGCCAACCUGUUUGGGUUGCCUAGAAACCAUGUACUUCCGGUGAAAAACUACGAGAAUGAGAUGGAGCUGGAUGACAGCAUCAGCAUUCUAGCAUUGCUUGCACUGCGUCAGCUACUUUUUUUUGCAGAAGAUUACUUGCAGGUUCUUCAGGGCAAACAGAAAGCAUGCAAUCUUUCCAACGAAAAGCCGGACAACCGAGAUCAACUAGAAAAAUGCAAUGACAAGAAAGAAUGAUCCAGUGAAGUGCUUUGCUCGAACUGGUUCCGUUCAAAUGCCAUCAAUGUGUACAUCUGGGUAUUGUAACAAGUAAAUAAGAUACUUUAAUAAUUUCGUUGUCAAAAAAUAUUUAAACGUUCAUUUUGUAUUGGUGACGGUGAAGUUAUGUCACUAAAGUCAACGAUAUGUUACAAUGAAAUAACUUAUUUGAGUUGUAUUAUGAAUGUAAAUAGUUGCCACAAUCCAUGACAACUUAAUAUUAUUGAUUAAUUGUAUCGAUAAUUAUUGGUUUACACGGCGUUUUCUUUUUUUUUAAAGAAAUAAUUCGUGGUUUUUGCUAUUAAUGUUCUUAUUAUUUAUGAUUAACGCUACAUAUAGCUUCGCACAUGCAUGCAUUUGUGUAAGUUUUGUAAUGAUAAACACGUUUACCGAUUCGAAAUACAGUGAUGCAGAAAUGAACAUGAAUACACAUAUGAUACGACAUAUCAUAUAUAUGUUAAGGUCACCAUUCCAAUGCAGAUCAUUUUAUUAAACAAUAAUGCAUACCCCAACGUAGAAACCGAGGAAAUUGUUUUUAAAGAUUUUUCUUUUGUAUAUUGUUUUUUUAGAAGUGUUUAUUUUCUGAACUUAAAAUAUCCGCUUCUUUGUUCUUAAAAUGUAUCGUUUGAAAAUGCCAUUUUGUCUCGUAUUCUUAAGCUGAAGUUUUCUCUGCUCGUUUCUUUGUUUAACUUACUUAGGCAGGUGUCUAAAGAUGUUUUCUAUGUCUAUAUGAAUAUAAUAAAUGUAUUGUUCUUAUGAUAAUUAAGAAGUGUGUUUUUGAACAAAAUGUGGUUUUAUAAAUUUGCUAUUGUAUAUAACGUGUACCUCAUUGAUUGAAUAAGAUCAGUCAAAACAACA